GAGUCCAUCAUCAGCGGCAGGGUGAUAGAAUUCGUCCAUCGCCCAGGGAAAGACAACCACGUCGCAGACGGCUUAUCACGAAACCCCGGGUUGGAGGCGAGAACGGCCGAAGGGGACGCGACCGAGAUGGGAUGGGAGGCAGCAAAAGGCCUCACGAACAGCUACAUGGGCAUAUGCAGGGUAGCAAUCGACGAGGACAUCGCGCUCGUAGAUCGCUUCGCGGACGAUGAUCUCGAAGACGUCGUGAGGUGGAUUACACAGACUGACCACGACCUCAUCGAGGAGGACGACAUCGAAGACGUCAAACAACGCGCAGUGAAUUACUGGAUAGAGGAUGGCGAACUCAGGAAAAGAGUGGAAGGCUAUGGUCGGGUCACGGUCAUACCAUGCAAGGAGGGUCCGAAGCAAGCGAAAAACACACACGAGAGUAACGGGCAUCUGGGCCGCGACCUCAUGAUCUCAUCCCUGGUCAAAUCGUUCUCAUGGAAAACAAUGAGGAAGGAUGUG